GUAUUCUUAGUUUAAUUAGCAUAUAAAUUGAACUGCGCUUAGCCGCAUUUAACGACAAGACGCACAACUAAGCAGAAAACGUAAAGAGGAAUCACAUCAGUUACCAACAAAACCGCAUCUCGUAAAAAUGCCAAGUGAAAUAAUUACACUACAGCUGGGCCAAUGCGGCAAUCAAAUUGGCUUUGAGUUUUGGAAGCGGCUGUGCCUGGAACAUGGCAUCUCACCGAGCGGCGUGCUGGAAGACUUUGCAACUGAUGGCAUGGAUCGAAAGGAUGUGUUCUUCUAUCAGGCGGAUGAUGAUCACUAUAUACCACGGGCAGUGCUGCUAGAUUUGGAGCCACGUGUUAUAAACACCAUUAUGACAUCUGCUUACUCCAAGCUUUACAAUCCUGAGAACGUAUAUCUGUCCAAGCAUGGCGGCGGUGCUGGCAACAACUGGGCAUCCGGUUACGGUCAGGGCGACAAAUUGCAGGAGGAGAUUUUUGACAUAAUCGACCGCGAGGCGGACGGAAGCGAUUCGCUUGAAGGUUUUGUUCUCUGUCAUUCUAUUGCUGGCGGCACGGGCUCGGGUAUGGGCUCAUUCCUAAUGGAACGCCUGGCAGAUCGCUAUCCCAAGAAACUCAUUCAAACAUACAGCGUGUUUCCAAAUCAGGACGAGAUUAGCGAUGUUGUCGUGCAACCAUACAACUCAAUGUUGACCCUCCGUCGCCUGACCACCGCUGCGGACAGCGUCGUCGUACUGGACAAUACGGCUCUUAAUCGCAUUGCCUGCGAUCGUUUGCACAUACAAAAUCCAACCUUUACACAGAUCAAUACUCUAGUCUCGACUAUCAUGAGUGUGAGCACAACGACGCUGCGUUAUCCGUCGUACAUGAACAAUAAUCUCAUUGGCCUCACGGCACCAUUAAUACCAACACCUCAGCUCCACUUCCUGAUGACUGGCUACACACCUCUGACCAGCGACUCGAAUCUCAGUAACAAUCAUAAUCCCUUGUCUUCGCAUCAGGCCGUUAACGUGCGCAAGACCACCGUGCUGGACGUGAUGCGCCGUUUGCUGCAACCAAAGAACAUGAUGGUGUCCACCGGCCCGGACAAAAGCAAUCAUCAUUGCUACAUCUCCAUAUUGAACAUCAUACAGGGCGAGGUGGAUCCGACACAGGUGCACAAAUCGCUGCAGCGCAUACGUGAGCGCAAAUUGGCACAGUUUAUACCGUGGGGUCCGACGUCCAUACAGGUGGCGCUAUCCCGCUCUUCGCCAUACGUGCAAAGCAGCCAUCGUGUCUCGGGCUUGAUGCUGGCCAAUCAUACAAGCAUCUGCUCGCUGUUCGAGCGCACCUUGAGCCAAUAUGAUAAGCUGCGAAAGCGUGGCGCAUUCCUGGAUCAAUUUCGUCGCGAGGAUAUCUUCAAGGAUGAUCUGAACGAAUUGGACGAGUCGCGAGAGAUCGUGGAUGGUCUCGUGCAAGAGUACGAAGCGGCCACGCGCAUGAACUACUUGGAGUUUUCGGCGAACAAACGUGAUCCCAAAGUGGAUGGCGAUGCACGAUCUGAGGAACCCAAAUCGAUGAAUAGCGUCGGUUUUUAAGCCGAAUAACAAUUACUUGUGCCAUAUGCGUACCAUGAUCAAAGUAUUCUUCACUUGCUCGAAUAUAUAUUUAUAUAUAAUUAUUUA